AUGGAGCUGCCACAUUUAGGUAAACAGUGUUCGAAAUCUGACUGCAAAAAGUUGGAUUUUCUUUCGAUUAAAUGCGACGCUUGCAGCCAGACUUUCUGCGGCGAACAUUAUUCUUAUUUAACGCACAACUGUCCUAAUACGUAUAAAAAAGACAACCAAGUGCCUGUGUGCCCUCUAUGUAAUAUUCCAUGUCCAGUUGGAAGAGGGCAACAACCAGAUGUAGUUGUGGGGGCACAUAUAGACAACGACUGCCAAGCCGAUCCAGCAAAAUCGCGCCGGAAAGUGUUCACGAACCGUUGUUCGUUCAAAAAAUGCAAAAACAAAGAGGUCAUACCUGUGAUAUGCAGCGAAUGCAAGUUAAAUUUUUGCCUUAAACACAGACACGCCGUCGAUCAUUCUUGCGAGGGUAAAAACGCGGUUAGAAAUAAGUGGGCAUCGAACUCACAGCCUAGUAGCACUAUGAGCGAGGACGAAGCCCUUGCUAGGGCUUUGGCCCUGUCGAUGCAGGAUUCGCGCCCUGUUGUCACUGAUAAACGGAGACAGGAGGAGCUGGAUGCAGCUUUAGCUAGGCAGCUGCAAGCUUCCGAGCAGAAUACCACAGCCAGUAGCACUAGCACUAGAGAUAGAUGUAAUGUUUCCUAAUGCUAUUUUAAUCUUCAACAUUUUACUCUUAUAUCCUACUUUAAAUCAUUCUACAUUUACUAUUUUUAAAUUAUAUUCCCUCAAUCGAAUUGUUAUUUUAAUAUUUAGGCUUAUAUUUUAUUGUACUCA